AUGGAUUUAACACCUCUUCGAACGGAAUGUGUAGUAUCUGGGACCUUAUUUUUUAUCCUCCAAAUAUCACGACUUGCCGGAACUUCGCCUGUUGAGUUUGAGAGAGGGGACGACGGUUGGCGAGUUCGUGUGUCAAUGUUUUACUACGUCUAUGGCUGUGUAGUGCAGGUUAUUUUAGCGGUGUGUAUAGGAAUCUACUCCAUAGAUCGAGAAGAAGUGGUGGAUGGGUACGAGGCAUCCCACAACACUGGGUUUAUGCGCAUAAUACUGAUAAUUUACUUUGUGGUGCACGUGAUGUCCGGAGCCGCCAUUGCAUUCACUGGUCUUGACCGCAUGCGUCACAUGAUCGACUGUAAGGCGCGCCUUCAAUGGAUAAAUGCUGAAAUCGAUGGUUUUCUUCGGCCAUCUAAGUCCAACGAGAGAACAAUGUUUCUUAUAGUUAUCGCCACCCUGGUCUUUGGAUACUACGCCGUGAGUUUCGAAUACGGUGUAUACUUCUCGGAUUUAAUAACUGCACAUGUUACAGUAUCACAAUUUGAUGUGAACCAACACAAGGAAUCAAAUGAAGGCAAUUCCAUUCCUAACCACGUGAUCUCUUGUGGCAUCGAUUCCUUGCCAGUAAUCGUUAGGCAAGUUCGUAUGAAUACCGCAGCCCCUAUUGCCAGAUCAUUAUCUUUACUGGCAUGGUCUUUGCUCUGUGUUGGCACGCUUGCGAUGGCGGUCGACGCCUGUCACCGUAGUCAUAUCCAGUUGUGGAUGACGGAGACACUGAUCCGCCAGAUGAGGCGCCACACGCACAGGGAAGCUGCAGAAGUUUCGGACAAACUCAAAUUGUUUUACAGACACAUCCAGCUCAACCCCGUAUGCUUUGCUCCCCUCAACUUGAUGACAUUUAAUAGAAAUAUCUUAAUUAUGGUAUUGUCGAGUAUCAUCACGUAUCUCACCGUCGUCAUCAAUUUGUAA